AUGCCUCACGCUACAAACACUGAGUAUCACCACAUACAGCUGAAGAAGCUAGCACCCACCUUCGCUGCCGAGGUCACCGGCGUUGAUUUCUCCAAGCCGGUGGAGAAAGAGGUCUUCGACGAGAUACAUCGUGCCAUCGUGGAUUACGGGGUGCUCGUCUUCCGCAAAGCCAGUCUCGACGAUGCCCGCCACGUUACCUUUGCCGCCUUAUUUGGCGAGCUAGACGAUGUUAAGCCUUACCUCGCGAUGGGCCGCAAGAACAGAUUCCCCUUCGACGAGCUGUUCGACGUGUCCAACCAAGAGGAUGACGGCUCGCUUGUCAAGCUUGGCAGCAAACGGCACCACAUGGGUCUGGGCAACUCGAUAUUCCACGUCGAUUCGAGUUUCAAUCCGCGGCGAGCAGGCUACAGUCUUUUGCGCGCCCACCAACUUCCACCGAGAGGGCACGGCGGCAAUACCGAUUUCGCAGACACCAGAACGGCAUUUGUCGAAUUACCUGAAGACCUCAGGAAAGAUCUCCUUGAGAACGAAUACAUCGGCGCCCACAGCUUGAUGCAUUCCAGGAAGAAAGCGGCACCAAAAGACAGCGAAUGGCUUCGGGACAUCGAUCCGGAGAAGUAUCCUUAUGGGCGUCACGACAUCGUCCAGACCCAUAGGCCUAGCGGCCGCCCGAAUCUCUACAUCGCCAACCACAUGCAUCAUUUGGAGUAUAAGAAGCCCAGAUCCGCCAGCUUCACUCCCACAAAAGAGCAGCCGUACGAGCGUGUGCCACAGCCACAGGGCACGGAACUCAUUGAACGAUUGCUCGCUCAUGCUUCGCAGCCCAGGUAUGUCGUCAGCGUGGAAUGGGAAAACGAAGGAGAUCUCAUAGUUUGGGACAAUACCUGCGUCAUGCACAAGGCCGGCGAGGGCACCUUUAUGGAGAAAUAUGCUCGGGACAUGAGGAGAUGCACAGUACAUGACGGCAGUAUCGAUGCGUGGGGUCAUAAUGAGAGGACGACGAAGAGGAUGGGGUUGCCGUGA